AUGUCUUUCAAACAGAUCGGGAAAGCCAAGUUGACUACUCCCAAUAACGUCCUUUUCAUCGACAAUGAGGUCCCGCCUUCCAAUGCCGCCUCUGCUGUCACAACCCCCACCGAGCAACAGGCCGAUCCCUUCACCUCUACCGCCGACCGCGCAGAUUAUCUGACCAAAGCGCUUGAAAAAAGUCAAGCCCCUGGCCAGGAGGCCGGAUUGCCGCCGAAUGGAGUCUCGAGAGUGGGCAAGAUGGGGCGAGAGGAGAGAAAGCUGCCAGACAUCAACGCCGAGCCUUCAGAGUACUACGGUGGUGCACAGGUCUGGAGCCGAGCGAGAACUUUCAGUAAUGCUGGCGGCGCUGGUGACUACAAACGCAGGCCCCUGCAAAUGGGCGGAGAAAAGAUCGGCAGGAACCGUCGGCUGUCUCACGAUGAAGUCACUCCCUCUGCUCCCAGGCGAUACUUGAUCGAUGUGGAAGAGACCAUGAGGCUCGUGCUUGAACAAGAAGACACAGACAACAACUUCCAAAUUUCUGUCUACGACUCUGGACCCAAGCUGCUCUCACUCGGAACAGCCAGUUCCAACGCCCACAAAACAUUCGAUAUUCGCGGGACGUAUAUGCUUUCAAACUUGCUUCAAGAGCUCGCUCUAGCCAAAGACUUUGGUCGCAAGCGCAUUGUCCUCGACGAAGCUCGAUUGGCCGAGAACCCUGUUGACCGUCUUUCCCGCAUGAUCAAGAAUUCGUUCUGGAAUGCUCUCACUCGUCGAAUCGACGCACAGGGUCUUGAGAUUGCGUGUGCCGACCCCAAGAACAAGGACCAGAGCGCCGGGGCAAGAAUCUACAUUCCUCACGGAGAGGACGAGAUGGCCGAGCACUAUCGCCAAAUCGGUCGAGACAACCCCAACCUCAAACUGGAGGUCAACAUCCUGCCUGUUCACUGUGACGACCCUGCCUAUGUCAAGACUCUCAACGACAAGCCUGGUAUCUUGGCCCUUGCUAUGGACAGGAAGGUGGAUGCGGACGGCAAGGUCACUCUGGAUGCCUUCCCCUUUGUCGUUCCAGGAGCCAGGUUCAAUGAGAAAUACGGAUGGGACAGUUACUUUAUGGCUUUGGGGCUUCUCGUAGACGGGCGAUUGGAUCUUGCAAAGGGCAUCGUAGAGCACUGUAUCUUCGAGAUCAAGUACUACAACAAGGUUCUCAACGGCAACAGGACCUAUUACUUGUGCCGAUCUCAACCACCCUUCUUGACCGACUAUGCUCUUCAGAUCUACAACCAAUUGGACCGAAGCAAGCCCGAGGAGAACAAGGCUUGGUUGAAACGUACCAUCCAGGCCGCCAUCAAAGAGUACCAUCGCUACUGGAUGCAGGAGCCUUCGCUUGACAUCGUCAGCGGGCUCUCUCGUUAUCGCCCUUCAGGUCUGGGUAUCCCUCCCGAGACAGAGUCUACCCACUUCACCCACAUUGUCCAGCCUUACGCCCAGAAGCUUGGCAUUUCGGUCCUGGAGUAUCUUGAUGGCUAUGAUGACGGCACCAUCCUCGAGCCGGAGCUGGACGACUACUUUAUGCACGACCGUGGUGUGCGAGAGUCUGGCCACGAUACCUCCUAUCGACUUGACAAGAAGUGUGCGGAUUUGGGAACAGUGGAUCUCAACUCUCUUUUGUACAAGUACGAAUUCGAUAUCGCCUCUGCUAUCCAAGUGAUCUUUGACGAUCAUCUGGAGAUGAACGAAGAGUUUGAGUUGUCUCCUUGGCCCAUUACCCCUGAGGCUUUCGAGGAAGGCGCACCCCGAGAACUUUCCACCAAUGUUGUCCAGACAAGCAAGCACUGGUUCGAACGAGCGGCGAAGCGAAAAGAAACCAUGGACAAGCUCUGCUGGAACGAUCGUCUGGGAAUGUACUUUGACUAUGAUACCAAAGCCCGCAAGCAGACCCGUUACGAGUCUGUGACUACUCUGUGGCCAAUGUGGGCUGGUAUGGCGUCUGAGGAACAGGCUUCGAUGUUGGUGCACAAUGCUCUUCCCAAGUUUGAGGUAGCCGGUGGUCUUGUGUCCGGUACCGAAGAGUCUCGAGGCAUCAUUUCUCUCGAUCGUCCUAACAGACAAUGGGACUACCCCUACGGCUGGCCUCCCCAUCAGAUCAUGGCCUGGGUAGGGUUGGAGCGAUAUGGUUACAUCGAUGAUGCUUCUCGACUGGCUUACAGGUGGAUCUAUAUGAUGACACUCUCUUUCAUGGACUACAAUGGCAUCGUCCCCGAAAAGUUUGACGUUGUCGAGCUGAGCCACUUGGUAGACGCUGAAUACGGUAACCAAGGCACCGACUUCCACUUUGUGCCCAGAGAAGGCUUCGGGUGGAUGAACGCUGCUUACCAAGUUGGUCUCCAGUGCUUGUCAACUGGUAUGCGCCGAGCCAUUGCCAACGUUGUUCCUACUUGGGAGUUCUUCAAUCUGCCUGCCCCGGACUUUGACUUGGCCGCAAAGCGUCGUAACGAAAGAGAUAUCCACGACAAAGCCGCUGCAGCCUCUGGCCAUGGUGGACAGCCCAAGAACGACACGCACAACCAACCUCCCUCGCUCGAGCAAGCUAUCGCAGAACUGAAAUUGGAGUUUUCCGGUCCUGCCAAAUAG